AUGUUCAAAUACCUCGUAGCUCUUUUGCUCUAUUUUAAUAUUCAAGUUUUCGGAUUGAAUACAACUAUUGGAAAUGUAACUUCCGGAAACGAAUUGUGGUUUAGUUUGGUGCAAAACUGUAAAGAACCGACGGUUUCUUGUAUUAAAGAUACGAUACAUGAUUUUCUCAAAGACACAUUCGAUUAUGAUCAGGAUGUUCAUUUUACUAAUUUCUUGAAGUUCUCAAAAAACAAUUUUAUCUACAAAGAUGUCGAUAAUGAGACUGCCACCAUUUCCGAGGAUUUACAUAAUGAAUCACCGUUUGAAGAAAUUUCAAGAUCAUUACGAGAAAAUUCUAAAAAGUUUUUUAUGACUCACGAUAUUGAAGUAUCACUUCCCGAGGAAUUUUUCCUUGGUAGUACACUAAAAGUGUCACCUCGCAGUUUUGAUACUAAUAGCACUUUUUUUAAAGUAGAACUAGUCCCAAAAGAUUUUUCACAAAGUGUAGGACAAGGAAGAAUAUUCAAAAAUCUAUUGGGAAAUCUCAUCAAAAAAUUCAUCACAGAUAGAUUACUGUAUGCUCUUCUCGCCGUUCUAGUGAUUAUAAAACUUCUAGCAGUAAACGUAUUAUUCUUCUUACCAUCCAUGUUGGGAGUAGUGACAGCUAAGAAAAUCAUCGUUAAAAUUCUUUUGUUUUUCUUCCCCGCACUACAUCAUCUUUUCAAAUUAUGUGCGUAUACACCGUAUGGAACCAAACAUCAUAUUCACAAGCAUCAAAUAGCACAUAUUCAUCAAGUGGCACCCGGAUAUUAUCAUCACAAACCUCACAUUGAAGAACACCAUUAUCACAAGCCUCAUAUAGAAGAAGCAGAGUAUUCUCACGACGAUUCGCAUCAUUUCCUUGAGGAUCAUGAUGAUUCACAUUACCACCAUAGUGGACCACCUCCUGAUGUUAGUCAUUAUCCAGAGUUUGCUAAUAAAGAUGACAGUCGUUAUGGGGACUCAUAUCCGGCCGCUUCUUAUAGCAAUGAACUGUUCCACAAGAGUCCCGAUGACAACGACGCUGAUCCAUGGGAUCAUACCAAUCAUCCAUCAAAACCAUUUGGAAAGAAACGUAUGACCGCAACGGAAAUUGAAAAUAUGGUACUGAAAGCAGAAAAGGAAGCUUUGAUUAAAUCUCGUCUACAGAAAGAAAGAUUGAGGAUUCACAAAGAAAAUUUGAAGCUACAAGAACAACUGAACACUGCAAUCAAAAUGCAACAAAAGCUGAAAUAUCACGCUGCUUUAGUGGGCUCUAAGAAGAAUCCGGAUAUACAAAAUAGCCAUCUACUGACUCCACUUAUUCCUCCACCACCCCCUGCAGCGACGAAUCAGUAUCCGAAAUCACAAUUCAUAAAAUCACCAGACUCUUCGUUUUUGAUUCAGCAUGAAGCAAAUUCACAACCUGGAGAAUUUGCUGAACCACCAAUGAACUACGUACCAACAGAAAAGAAGUUUGUGACUCCGGCUACAAGUUACCUGGAACAAAUUAAGCCGUCGCAACCUUUGGAAGUUCAAUCUGCAUUGAGAGGAAAUGGAUUGCCAGGAAAAACGAUUCAAGCAAUUCAAAGUUACUUAAAGAAGAAAGUCAGUCAUAAUGAACAGAAUAUCUAUCCAGUGUAUCCAUCCAAUCAAGCUCAACUUUCCACAACUCCUGAAAAUAAGACUCUUAAUAGUUUUCAAUCACCCAACGUGGCGUUGUCAAGAAAAACCGCUGUAGCUAGUCAAACAAUUGUAGCAAGCGAUAGAAAAUCGGAUCAAUUAUCUCCUGAAGAAGAAUUUUAUAAAGCAGCCUCUAUUACAUAUGAUGCUUUCUACUCUCCGAUUUUAGAAAAAAUAGAUGCCAUUUUGAACGGUUUAAAAUUCAACGAAGAACCUUGCAGAGAAAGACUGAUUUGUAGUAUGUACAAGAAACCUGAAAAGUUCAGUCCACAUAGUAAUUUGAUUUCAGUAGAACUUAGUAGAGAUCAAAAGGAAUUACAGAAGCCCAAAGCAACAAACGCUGCGGUUAUUCGCUUUUACAAAUAUGUUCAAGCGGCUAGAGAUGGUCAAGACCAAAAGGACUGCAUCAGGCUUUAUCCCACUUGUUCUGUGAAUACAGAAAUUUAAUUUAUCUGGUUUUGUUAUAUUCGUUGUUGAGAAGUUUAGAUUGAAUAAGAUCAUUUAUAUAAGUCGCUGUCAUUGUGAUAGGAACAUUUUCAAUGUGGACUUGUCCUACAAAACUUUAUUAGUUGAGUGUAGUACUUUAGUUUAUUAGUUGCUCAAUUUUUAAUGAAUAUACUCCACAAAUUUAGGCUAGUAAUAAUAUGUGUGCUAAAGAAAUUGUGAAAACAUAUAAUUUUCACUGGAAUUGUGUGCAUUUACCUUCAAAAUUUCCACAUCUAAUUAACGUUUCAAUAAACCUUGUGGUAUAUGGUAGGAAAAUUUCGUUUCUCAUCUAUUUAAUAUAUGUAUUUUAUCUAAAUUCAGAACUAUUGCUAGAACAUUAAGUUUUAAUACUCAAACGCUCAAGACAUCAAGAUGAAUUAUUUUGCAUAAUUUAGUAGAAAUUUGCUGCAAACAAUAAUUCUAUAUCAAAUAAGAUUUGUGAAAAGUUUCA